ACACCCAGCUCCGCUUUGAGGAUUGUGCGCGCGUGCGUCUCUCUCUGGGUGUGCGCGCACGCCAAGCCCCGCUCACUCCCCAACACGCCGCUCGCCACGGUGCCACGCCACAAGCUCCCGUCUCAGACUCUCGUUUACCCCCACCACCACCACCCCAGGUUCGACCUCCGUUCAAGCGCGGCAGCUUCGCCUCUUCGCGGCCUCCCCACGCUUGACGUCCCAGCUUCCGAGCUCCCCGGAACAUCGAUCAAGCGACAAACCAACCAUGGCAGCCAAAGGGGGCGUGAUCAACCUGCGUGGCACCAUCAGGGAGAGCCCGAGUCUCAACGUGGAAGCCGAUGCAGAGAAACUCUACAAGGCCAUGAAGGGCUUGGGAACGGAUGAGAAGACGCUGACGGACGUGCUGACUCGUCGCAGCAACGCCCAACGGCAGCUCAUCAUGAAGGCGUACAAGACUGCGUACGGCAGAGAUCUGAUCGACGACAUCAAGUCGGAGACGUCGGGCUCGUUCGUGCGGGUGCUGGUGGCUCUGCUCCACGUUCCUGCCCAGUACGACGCCUACGAGAUGCGCAAUGCCAUCAAGGGCGCGGGGACAGAUGAAGGCUGCCUGAGCGAGAUCCUGGCUUCACGCACCAAGCAGCAGAUCAAGGCCAUGAGCCACGUGUACGAGGAAGAGUAUGGCAACAAGCUGGAGGAUGACAUCGCCUCGGACACCUCGAGCUACCUGCGUCGUGUCCUGGUGGCCCUGCUGCAGGCGAACAGGGACGAAGGAAAUUUCGUGGACCAAGAGCUCGUGGAAAAAGACGCCAAGGAGCUGCUUGAGGCGGGAGAGAAGAAGUGGGGGACCGACGAGGGAGCCUUCAUCAUGAUCCUGUGCGUGCGCAACGUGCACCACCUGCGCCGCGUGUUUGACACCUACAAGACAAUGACCAACAAAGACAUCGAGGACAGUAUCAAGAGCGAGACGGCCGGCUCGUUUGAAGAUGCCUUGCUGGCUAUAGUGAAGUGCAUCAAGAACGUGCAAGAAUUCUUCGCCUACAAACUGCACAAGUCGAUGAAGCAGGGCCUGGGCACGGAUGAGAACACUCUGAUCCGCGUGCUGGUUUCGCGCUCCGAGAUCGAUCUCCAGAACAUCAAGCAGCAUUACAAGCAGACGUACGGCGAGGAGCUACAAGCCGUCAUCGAGGGGGACACGAGCGGAGACUUCCGCACCGCGCUGGCGUGCAUCUGCAGUGCAGGAGACUGAAAUCUACAGAAGGGGGGAAGGCAUUCCAGAUGUGCUCAACGCAUGAUAUUCCAUAUAUUACAGCACUGGCUUUUUAGUUUAGCUUCUGCUUUUACGUUUUGCUUACGUGACAGUGCACUUAUUCAAGUGGUUAUAUGCCGGUAAUCGCAGCUGCAAAAGACGCAACAGGUCUCAUCUCGAAGCUCCCAUUACAUUAGUAUUCCAUAAUACUGUAGAACACGCAAGACCAUUUAUGCGCAUUUUACACAUAAUUCAUACUAAAAGACACAGCACAUUUAUGCCUCAAGUAGAAUGGAAGUUAUCAAUGGUUAUAACGAGUGAGUUUACUGCAUUUUCACAUUAGUAUGUUACUCGAGUGAUUGCAAUGAAGUGUGAUGCUUUAUGUACACAAAUGUGGUCUCUGCAAACGUGUUUAAUAAAUACGUGUGCACCCAU